GAAGGGGAGCCCAGACGUACGGAGGGCGCGGGAUGCGAUCAUCGCUUCCACGAGAGCCCCCUCCGGGACAGGGCGGGAGGGGCGAGAGUAAUGAGGUGAAAAGCGUGCAGAGAUUGGGGAGAGAGAGCUGAGAGACCCAGAGGCCGGUGGAGACUUUCAUCUGGGACCCCCCAGAGCCCAGGAAGGGGCAGGCGUGGAUGCGGACUGGGGGUCGCCCGCCACAGCCGGCAGAAUGAAUGACCGGUCGCACGCCGCUUGGCAGCCCCGGGGCGCGCCCCUGUUCAGGCAGCGCAGGAAAGACUUGGAGAGUCAUGAGGUGCCAGGGUCCCGGCCGCUCCUGGAGGGCCGGUCCGAAGCGCAGGAGUCCGCAGGCGCCUCCCGCCGCCGCCGGGUGGCAGCGUUGGGGGCCGGCGCGCCCCACAGACCCCGCGGGGUGGCCCCGCCCAGGGGCCGCGGGGAGGCCCCACCGUGGGGGGCGGAGUUGCCGCCGCUUCCCCCAUCCCCGGGGACUGCGGCCCCUUCUUAAGCCCGCGGAGUCUCUGGCUGCCCCUCACUCGCCUCUCCCGCCAGUCUUGCUCCCGCGCGAUGGCCUCGGCGCUGAGCUAUGUCUCCAAGUUCAAGUCCUUCCUGGUCUUGUUCUUCACCCCGCUCCUGCUGCUGCCACUCAUCGUUUUGAUGCCCGCCAAGUUUGUCAGGUGUGCCUACGUCAUCAUCCUCAUGGCCAUCUACUGGUGUACGGAAGUCAUCCCUCUGGCUAUUACCUCCCUCAUGCCUGUCCUGCUUUUCCCACUCCUCAAGAUUCUGGACUCCAAGGAGGUGUGUGUCCAGUACAUGAAGGACACCAACAUGCUGUUCCUGGGCGGCCUCAUCGUGGCUGUGGCCGUGGAGCGCUGGAACCUGCACAAGAGGAUCGCCCUGCGCACACUCCUCUGGGUGGGGGCCAAGCCCGCACAGUUGAUGCUGGGCUUCAUGGGCGUCACGGCCUUUCUCUCCAUGUGGAUCAGCAACACGGCCACCACAGCCAUGAUGGUGCCCAUUGUGGAGGCCAUGCUGCAGCAGAUGGAGGCCACGAGCGCAGCCACGGAGGCCAGCCUCGGGGCCCUGGAGCUGGCGGACAAGGGCAAAGCUGGUGAGCUGCCAGGGAGCCAAGUGAUUUUUGAAGGGCCGGGCAUGGGGCAGCAGGAGGACCAAGACAGGAGGAGCAUGUGCAAGGCCAUGACCCUGUGCGUGUGCUACUCGGCCAGCAUUGGAGGCACCGCCACCUUGACUGGGACGGGACCCAACGUGGUGCUCCUGGGCCAGAUGCAUGAACUGUUUCCUGACAGCGGAGACAUUGUGAACUUCGCCUCGUGGUUUGGAUUCGCCUUCCCCAACAUGCUGAUAAUGCUGCUGCUUGCCUGGCUGUGGCUCCAGUUCAUUUAUAUGAGAUUCAACUUUAAAAAGUCCUGGGGCUGUGGGCUGGAGAGGAGGAACAAUGAGAAGGCGGCCUAUGAGGUGCUGCAGGAGGAGUACAGAAAGCUGGGGCCCUUCUCCUUCGCUGAGGUCAACGUCCUGCUCUGCUUCCUCCUGCUGGUCGGCCUGUGGUUCUCCCGGGACCCUGGCUUCAUGCCCGGCUGGCUGUCCAUCACCUGGGUGGAAGGCGAGACACAGUAUGCCUCCGACGCCACCGUGGCCAUCUUUGUGGCCAUCUUGCUGUUCAUUGUGCCUUCGCAGAAGCCCAAGUUCAACUUCUGCAGCCAGACUGAGGAAGAAAGGAAAGCUCCCUUCUAUCCGCCUGCCCUGCUGAACUGGAAGGUGGCCCAGGAGAAAGUCCCGUGGGGCAUCGUGCUGCUCCUGGGCGGCGGAUUUGCUCUGGCGAAGGGAUGCGAGGCCUCGGGGCUGUCCGAAUGGAUGGGGAAGCAGAUGGAGCCCUUGCAAGCUGUGCCCCCAGCAGCCAUCACCUUGAUCUUGUCCUUCCUCAUUGCUGUGUGCACUGAGUGCACAAGCAACGUGGCCACCACCACCCUGUUCCUGCCCAUCUUUGCCUCCAUGUCACGUUCCAUUGGCCUCAAUCCGCUGUACGUCAUGCUCCCUUGCACCCUGAGUUCGUCCUUUGCCUUCAUGUUGCCUGUGGCCACCCCACCUAACGCCAUCGUGUUUGCCUACGGACACCUCAAGGUUUCUGACAUGGUGAAAACAGGACUAAUGAUGAACAUAAUUGGCGUCUUCUGUGUGUUUUUGGCGGUCAACACGUGGGGACGAGUCAUAUUUGACUUGGAUCAUUUCCCUGACUGGGCUAAUGUGACGCAUAUUGAGACUUAGGAAGAGCUGCAAGACCACCGACACAGCUCCUGCCCUCCUAAGGACUCCUGAACCUUCCGGCUCACCUUGCAACAGAGCUCUGGGGUUCAUACCCCAAAGUAACCCAAUGGUGCCCAUACCCCACCGAUACCCAGCCAACAGGCCACCUCUUCCUCUAGGCCAGGGCUCAUAGCUGGGGAUAGGCAGCUGGAGGGCAGGCUCAGAAGUGAAGGGGCCUCCCAAGAGGCUGCUGGCAUCCAUCUUUCCCAGGGCCCAGUCAUCAUCUCAGGGACAGGCAGGCUGCAGAGGGCCCAGGAUGCAGGCUCCUGCCCCUACUCAGUCUCCAGGGGGCCCCAUGUUGGGCUCUGGUGUCCACUUUCUUAGUCCCAGGGUUAUCUAAGUGGGAAUCAGAUCCCCAUCUUGGAGGGGAGAAAACGAUCUUCCAGAGCCUGCGCCUCUUCCAGCUUACCAUGGGCCGCCUUGCUUCGCUCCUGUCACUCAGAAGGGGCAACCCAGCCCAGGGACAGAAAGUCUGGUCAUGGGUAGCUUCCUACUGCCAGAGCAAGAGUGGGAAUCAGAGCCUCCUGGAACCACCAGGAGGAUGGUGCCACCCCCGAAGGAUGAGGAACUUGAAUUAACUUCCAGAUGACACCACCCACAGUGCACCAUGGGUGAACCUGCUCUCCUCCUUGCCUUGCUCCUUUUUAAGUGACCAUUUGGAUCCCAUUCCCAGCUCUCCAGGAACCGCCUUCACCUCCUCGGGCCCUUUGUUGUCUGGUCCAGUAUUUGCUGGGAUCCACCGCCUGGGGCCCUCCAGCAUCCCCUGUUCUCCCAGGCAGCUCAGUGUGGCUCUCCCGAGAGAUGCUUUUCCUGCCACCCCACAGCUGGGAUCACACUCCAGUUAUAGGCAGCAGUGAUGGCUCCUUUGGGGCCACAGUUGGCUAUCUAGGUCCUUCCUCACCUGGAGGCUCAGAGUGGACACAGCUGUUUACGGCCAAAAGCAGGGUGCCUUCAGAGUUUGUCAGUCACGCCAGAGUUUGAGCUUCUUGGGGAAGCCUUCCCUUUGCUGUUGGCCUUCACAGCCAUGCUGUGGUGACUGAGCCGACAGCCCCUGCCCGGGAGGGAAUCUCCCUGAAGUUGCUGGGCAGACCCCAGUGUGGCCGUGGGACCCUCAACACCCCUGUGAGAGAAAUGAGAUACCCACCCUCUUGCCCCAACCUCCUUUUCCUUCUCUCUUGUGCUGCCCUGGAAGAGAGGCAGUGGCAGAUAUACGAGGUCCAUUGAUGGCAUUUUUCCGGGCAGGAGAAAGUACGAGAACCCAAGGACACCCCCUCAAGGACCAAGCAUGUAUCUAGUUCCUUGGGUGGGAUGACUCCUGGCCACUCCGACUGUCUCCCAUGGAAAGGUGCGCAGUGCUGACCGUCUCUAGCUUUCUGCCACGGGUCGGGGUGGGGCAGGUGCCCACCCUCUGUGCCAGGCCUCCCCGUGCCAUGCCUGGGGCGUCCGCUAGUUACCUCAUCCAUCUUUGCAGCAGCCCUGUGAGAGAGGCAGGUGUCGUUAUCCUUGUUCCUCUUUCAAGAGUACCGAAGCUCACAGAGGCCAAGUGACGCGUCCAAAGUUACACAUCAAGUUAGUGGCAGUUAGGGUUCCAAUCCAGGUCCUCCGCUCCAUGUCCACUGCUCCUUUCUCUAGCCACUCAGGGCCUUGGCCUUACACGGCCUGUAGGGAAAGGUGAGUGGCCAGGAGGAAGACCCCCCCCCCCCCCCCCCCCCAGCCCACAAAGGGCCUGCCUGCUCAGGGAAGAUCAUUGAACGAGAGCCCCUUUGUGCAGCUGCCUCUGAGAUGGGUUCAGGACACAUUGGGGCAGACAUGGCUGGUCUUCGCCUGAAGCAGUAAAGCAUUUGGUUGGAGAGAGCGGUAUGAAAAAGGCUACCUGCUCCCUCCCCCAGCAUAGAACUGGCUCACCCCUCUGUCGUGCUCUCCAUACCGCUGCUGUGGACGUGUCUGUCCCCUCAGGCUGAGCAGACGCCCCUGAGGACUUGCACUGCCUGCUGAGUCCAGUGCCAGCUCUGUGACCGACCCAGAGCAGGCCACCAUAAGGAUGACUGACAAAUAAAUGAUUGAUCAGUGUGGUCAAUCAGAUGCAUACCUGGUAGUCAGUGAAGGUCAUCCAAGGUGGGCACUGAAGGAUGAGCAGGACUGGCCAGGCUGCUGGGGGAGGAUGUGGCGGGGUGGAAGGAGGACUCUACUAGACUCCAUCUGGUUGAGGGCUGACAAGAAAGCUGCGUGGGGGCUUCAGGAGAGCAGACCCCACCGCUGAGGAGGCUGACCACUGGCUGUUUCUAAACAACCUCUCUGGAAGUUGGCUGGAGUUGCACUAACAUUUAUGGCCAAUGCCCAUCGGGAUUGCUUUUGGCUGCAAGCAAGAGAAAAAUCCAGCUGACAGCAGCUUAAACCAUAAGGCAUUUAAUGUCUACUUAAGAAGUCUGAGAGGAGAUGGUUGUUGGCAUUGGUCCAGCAGCUCACUCAAGCCACCAAGGACUUGGGCUCUAUUGUCCACCCUGCCAUCCUUGGGGUAUCAUGCCUUUACUGUCAUGCUUGACCCUCAUGCUAUAUACAUAUCUGCAUUGAAGGCGGGAAGAAAGAGGUGCUGGGUGGGGGCAUGACAGUGCCUACCGCAUCUUUCCUUUUUAUUAGGAAAACAAAAGCUUCCUCAAAGCCCCAUACAGUCUUCGCUUUAUGUCUUAUUGGUCAGAACCAGGUCAUAUGCCCACCUUUAGACCAAUCAUUGACAAAGGGGACUUAGAAUACCACUGGAAUACCAUGAUAACAGUUAGGACUCAUUUUUUGGGCUUGGGUAAACGGCCUAUGUUUUCUGAAAUCAAGAGAUUUCCAACCACUACAAAGUCUGGGUUCUGGAAGGAAAAAAGGAGGGGAGCUGUUGGGUAGGUGGUGAACAGGGUCUGGUAUUAUGACCCUUUCACAGGGCUGCCCUCGCUCCAGGCUACUUGAGUGGCUCCCUUUCCAUGGAAUUCAGGAGAAACACAUUCCUAGGUAGGAAGAGAGAAUGUGGGUGUCUGGUCCAGGGCUUCACUUCUGCCUCCACUUCUCAAAGGCCAGGCCUUCUCCAGGAGACCCGGUGAACUGGGAGGCUACAGUCUGAGUUAUGGACCGAGCUUGGUCCUGACAUCUGACACUGAACAAGUCAGUCUACUCUCUGGGCCUCAGUUUCCAUCAGGGAAAGGCUGAGCUAGAGGGUUUCUAAGGGCCUUUUCCCAGAGUCAUAUAUCCUCUUACCCUUCAUCUGCUUGGGCCAGAUGCAGCCCUUGCCCCCAGUCCCCACGCUGUCUCAGCUUGGAGUCCAUUACAGGACCCACUCCCUGCCCACGUCUGGGUCUUAGCCAUUUACUGAAAGCCCUCUCAGACCUUGCCCCAUAGAUAUUCUGCCUCUUACAUUUUGUAAAGAGGUUCUACCCGAGACCCUUGAGUUCUCUCUUCUUAGCAUCUGGAUCAGACAUUGGGGCCCAAGGUUAGCUGGACUCCACAAAGGUCACUUCUAUGCCUUCCAAAGGUCAGGCCCCUGGGGUUCCUUAUCCUCUCAUCCUGGAAUUGGGUCCUUCCCUGUCCCUCGGAGCAGAGAACUUCCUUAGGGAAAGACCUGGGCCUCUGGCUGUAGCAGGGCCAGGGAGCAGGGCACCUCCCGGCAACGGGGAAGUCUCCUCUCCUCCUCACCAUCUCUCACGCCCUGACAGCAAUAACUGACAGCGAGACUCUUGCUCCGAUCCAAGCAGGGCAUCAGCUCACUAGCAGAGUCCAGUUCCCAAAACCAAUACGGACAUUCUCAGGUAACGGCAUGUUCUUCUUUAUGGAAAUAAAGACCAAACGCUGGAUUGGAUGGUUGAAAACUACUCCUGGCAGUCCCAUUCUCAGCUCAGAACUCCUGCUUCCAGGUACUCUCUCCCCCAGUCCCACAGCCUCUUAAAAACCUUGUCUCCCAACCCACCAGGGAAGCUUCUUUUCACAUUAAAAAAAAAAAAAAAAAAAAAACUUCCAUCAAGAUAAAUCUUCCACACCAAGGGAUGGGUUUUCACAUUUUUCAACAGAGAGCUUAUCAUGUCAGGCUGAAAUCCUUGCAAUUGGAUAUUCAGUUUAUUUCCCUCGGUGUCCUGAGCAGGACUCAGGUUCUCACUUCCCUGCCCCAGGCACUCUUCCAGGCGCUUCCCUGAUCCGCCUGUCCAAACACCCACUUCCACCCUCAGAGACGCAGGCCGCCCACUGCCGGCAGCCUGAGAGCAGCUUUUUGCAUCCAGCUAUCAAAUUCAAUCUCAGCACACCCUAUUACCCUAUCAAGAAAUUUUACCUAGUUUUUAUAUUAAAAACGGUUCACAUGAACACAGUGAAAGAAAUCCGUAUAGUGCAAAAAGUUUUAAGACGUGUCCCUCCCACUUCAGGCCUUGAGGCCUCCACCCCUCUCCAGGCAGGCAGCCACUGUCAAGUUUCCCACGUACCCUUCCAGAAACAUUAUGUAUAUACAAGCUUAUGUAAGAGAUAUAUAUAUGCUCUUUAUUGCAUAUGGGAGCAUACUAUAUACAUUUUCUCUCCUUAUUUCCACCCCAUCCCCUUAAUUUAUUUGGAGAUUAUCCCAUUUCAGGACAUACGAAAUUUGACCAGUUUUUUUUCAUUCAACAUUUAAUUUUGGUUUUAAAGAGAGGUAAAAUUAAAUUCAGUGAAUUACACAGAUCUUAAGUGUACAAUUCAAUGAUCUGGACAACUGUAUACACUGUGUAAGCAACAGCCCACUUCCACUUCCUUCCCCGCGAAACUUCUCUGCCCCUUCCGGUAAUUGGCACCUUCCCUGGGCAGCCCCCGUUCUGACGUCUGUCACCAGGGGUUAGCGUCACCUGUUGAACUUCAUAUCAAUGGAGUCAUACAGUACAGACGCUUCUGUGUCUGAUUUAUUUUGCUCAACAAAAUGCUUUUGAAAUUCUUUCCUGCUGUUGCGUGUAUCUAUUCCCUCCUUUUAUUACCAUGGCUAAGUAGCGUUCCAUUGUAUGGAUAUGCCACCAUUUGUUUAUUCUCUUUUCAUGGACAGUGGGGUUGUUCCAGUUUGGGGCUAUUACGAAUAAAGCUGUUGUAAAAUUCUCUGUACAAGUCUCUUUGUGGAUGUACGUCUUCAUUUCUCGUGGAUGUGUGCCUAGCAGCAAGCUGCAGUCUUUUUAAAAGCUGCAUAGAUUCCCUUGUAAGUAUACACCAUACAAUAAGCAAGCCCCCCGUCCAGGGCAUUUGGGUGUUCUGCAGUCUUUUGCUAAUACUGUAAUAAAUGUGUCUGUACUUACAUCUUUGUGAACGUAUGUGAGGAGAACACUUUCCUAGAAUGGCAUGCCAGAUAAAAGGGGAUGUAUAUUUAAACCUGGGACAGAUAUUGCCAAAUUGCUUUCCAAAGGGGCCGUGCACUCUCAAGAACUGUGCAUGAGACCAUAUUCUCCCACAUCCUUAGCAGCGCUGUGUAUAAUCAAACUUCUCAAUUGCUGUUAAUCUGAUAGUUGAAAAAUGCUAUCUCAUGAUUUUCAUUUUCAUUUCUUUAAAUUGCAAGUAAUGUUUAACAUUUUUUUAUGUGUUUAUAAUCCAUUUGUCUAUCUUUUUUUUGGUAAACUCUGUCUUUCUCCCAUUUUUUCCAAAAGUUUUUAAAAAGGCCUUUUCUUAUUCAUCUGUAAGAACUCUUUAUAUAUUAAGGAAAUUAGUCAUUUGUCAUAGAAAUAUUUACAGUAUAAGAUACAGUGAAGCUAGUUACUCUGCCUAUUCUUUUUAAUUUUUCCCCCUAGCUAUUCUCAUGUAUUUUUCCAUAAGAAUUUCUGAGUCAGCUUCUCUAGUUCCAAAAAAACCCUGGUUUGCAUUUACCUGUCUGGCUCUCUCUCCUACCACUCUCCCUCCCUCUCUAGGGUUUCUUGACCUCAGCACUGCUGGCACUUGGGACCAAGUAACUCUUUGUUGUAGGGAGCUGUUCUGUGCACUGUGGGAAAUUCAGCAGCAUCUUGGCUUCUAUUCAUCCGAUGCCAAUAGCAAGCCCUCACCCCUAUGCCCAGUUGUGACAAUGAAAAGUAUCUUCAGGUGAUGCCAAGUGUCAGUGAAUACUGAUCCUGCUCUGGCUACACCGGCCUCCUUGCUGCUCCUAGAGCAUACAAAGUGCACUCUUGCCCCGCUGCCUCCUUUAAAUCUUGCUCCGAUGUUACUUCUCAGCCUACUUUAAAUUAUAACUCUCCACCCUCCCCACAAUCUCUAUACUGUCCUUGAUUUUUGUCUAUUGCACUUUUCAUCUUCCACUAUACUAUGUAAUUUAUUUUUUUUGGUGAGGAAGAUUAGCCCUGAGCUAACAUCUGUUGCCAAUCUUCCUUUUUUUUUACCCCCCAAAGCCCCAGU